ACGUUCGCAGCUUUACAGAGAUAUCUCUUUGACGAGACAUUGAUUCACCAUCGAAAAUAUCUUCAUCGCGACGCCUACGCCGAUACAGCUGAAACCGCGGUCGCACAUCGACCUGAUCGCUCACGCUCUUCACUCACAGAGCCUACAGAUACAACGCCGGAACUCCCUAUAUGAUGGACAAAGAGAGGUCUUUCGCGACGGCUCAGAUUCGAGACUUGGUGGUCAGUAAAAUGCGAGCGGGUACGAAGGCGGAGGACCUGGCGAGCAAGUUCGGGCUGUCGUGCUGCCACGUCCGCGACCUUUGCAACGAAUCUAGUCGACCCACAGGCGAUAUGCCGAAAAGACGCAUGUUGACAGAUGAGGAGCGAGAUUGCACGAUCAGUGAGCUGCAGGCAGGUGCGCGAAAGGUGGACGUGGCGUACGAAUUGGGGCCAUUAGACAGCACCAUCCGCGACCUAUUUUGGAAAUUUCGAGCAGAGAGAUCCACUGCAUCGAGGCCGAUCUCAAGCUAUACUAGCGAAUGUGUUCACCUCGAGGAUCUUGGCUUUGAGAUCGAAGACCUGUUUCUUCUGCAAUGGCUGAAACCGGUGGAAGUUUGGAUCGAAGAGAUACAAGACCAGAUUACCGCACUUGAGCGCAGAUACCCUGAAGGGUUUGCUUGGCAAUACCUUCAAGAAAUGGUCAAGACGUUCUCCAACUCAGUCCAGAUGAUGGGUCUCAACGAGAUACAACGCGCGCGAAGGAUGCACGAGGAGCUUGACAACCUUACUGAGCACAUGAACAAGAUCGACGCAUUGUUGAGACAGUUCGGCAAGGAGGCGGAGGUCAGUGCAGGCUGUGUCAAGUUGAGCCUUAAGCGCCCGACCAGUGACGAAGAUGAGGACAUACCUUCAUUCAAACGCCACAGGAUAAAUCUCUCAGCACCUGAGGAUGUUACCUCUUCAAGCGAUUCCACGCCUGUGGACUCUCCAUAGCAGACAUAAAAGCAGGCUAUGGUGCGCAAGAGGUCUAGAACGACAGCAAAACCUAUUCUUUUAUUACAACAUUGGCGAAAAUGCAAAGCUUGUAUUUCCUCCUUAUGCUGACCUCGUGAUGAGUGCCUGAUUCAAGCGCUCUACUCACUCUUGCUGUGUGGGCCUACCUUCACCAGACGCUCUUUCCUGCUCUAAUAGCACCACCUGAACAAACGUUACGUUCCGCUUCAUCUCCUUCUACGCAAACGCGCUAGUAGAUUGGAGGCUUCUGCACAUACUUGCUAAAAUGAAGAUUGGGGCUGGUGGUGUUACACAUGCAGUCUUAGGCGUAGUUCACGGGAAGCCGCAGACGUUUCGCCAGUAGUAAUGACAACCCCAGAAACUGGAAAUGCUUCCUGUAAACUU